AUGGCUUGUCCUUGGCUAAUCCUUUGCCUUUGUCCGAUCUGGAUGACAAAUGGUGGCACAAUUCAAAAUUUAUUAUUGGACAUAAAACAUCAGUCGGACUUUCAUUAUAUGCUCAUGAUGGAGAACACAAAUUCAAGUGGUAACAGUAGCAGUUGGUCAAGGAAUUUAGUACUCGGUGAACUGCAGCUACCGGUGCUCCAACUGGAUGCCAAAGUUUCAUACUUUUUGCAUGAUAAAAUGAGCAAAAAUUUGAUAUCUCUGGUCUACCUGGGUGGGUGGAAGUUUGAGGAGUCGUUGCAGCUCCUAAAUGCUUUGGUGGCAAAUCUCAGACAUAUGACCACAUCGAGAGUGUUAUUUCUGAUUUCUAUGGAAUUGGCAAAAGAUGAAACAAUUUUGUAUAAACUAUUUUCUUAUUGCUGGAAAAUGAAGUUACUUAAUGCAUUGGCCUUGCUCGAGGAUUUUGAGACUACCAAUACUCUUUAUGGUUAUACUAACUUUCCGACUCUCCAACUGGAGCAAAGGCAAUAUGUACACGGCUCAUCUAUGGCCAUAUUUCCGGAACGAUUGAAGAACUUACAUGGCUUUAGAUUACCAAUUAUAGUUGGUGGUAGUACGCCCCGAGUUAUAGCCUACUUCAAUAAAUUGGGACAAUUUGUAUACGAGGGUGCAGUGGGUCACUUUAUGGAUGCCUUUCAGCGUAAAUACAAUUGUCGAUUCUACCAACCGCUGCCAGCUAAGGGCAAUGCCUUUGCCCCAUCCCAGGAAACGGUGGCCGCAGUACGGAAUCUCACUGUGGAAAUGUCCAUGGCUUUGACAUUUCCCACGAUACCGCCAUUCGGUUAUUCUUAUCCCUAUGAGCAGAUGAACUGGUGCAUGAUGCUACCCGUUGAGGCAGAUGUCCCAACUCCAGAAUAUUACACAAGAGUAUUCGAAUUGCAGGCAUUUCUUCUGGCUUUGGCCACCAUGAUUGGUAUCUCCUGUCUAUUGGCCAGUUCGUUGCGUCUUCAUGGCUAUCCGGUGUACAAAUAUGAGUUCUUUCUACACGAUUCCUGUCUGCGUGGAGUUUUGGGGCAAUCGUUUUGUGAGGUAUUCAGAGCUCCCAUUUUGGUGCGUGGCAUUUAUCUGCAAAUCUGUGUAUUGGGCAUCCUGAUCACUGCUUGGUACAAUUCCUAUUUCUCCACCUAUGUGACAACUGCCCCCAAACAGAUGCCCUAUAACAGCUAUGAUGAUGUAAUGGCUGCCCACAUCAAAGUUCUUGCGUGGAAGCCCGAGUAUGGCGAAUUGAUUGGACGGCUGCAGCAAUUUCGUAAAUAUGAACAUAUGUUUCUGGUCGAGCCCAUUUUUAGUCGAUAUCUAAAAUUUCGCGAUUCAUUCGAUACGAAUUUCGGUUAUAUGAUGACCAGCACCAAAUGGGUGAUUGUCAAUGAGCAGCAAAAGGUCUUUACCAAGCCCCUCUUUCGUUUGCGUAAUGAUUUCUGUUUCUUCAACAAUAUACCAUUUGGUUUUCCAGUCCAUGAGAAUUCGAUUUAUAUGGAACCGAUAAUGAAUUUAAUAAUGGAAUUAGAUGCCAAUGGUUUGCCAUCGCAUUGGCGUAAAAUGGGUUUCACCGAACUGAUCAAGUCGGGUGAAUUGGCUUUUGUUGAUCUAAGUCCGCAUCGAGAAUUUCGGGCCAUGCAAUUAAUGGAUUUACAAUAUAUUUGGUAUGGUUUUGCAUUUAUGGCAAUACUUUCCACUUCCGUAUGGCUUAUGGAGAUUGUGUGGCAUCGUCUGAAACGCAGAUGGCAAUUAAAAAUGCUCACAAAACCACUUUAA